AAAAAAACAUGGAGAUUGUUCUCGACGAAGGGGUCCAAUUUAUUUUGACAUUACAGAAGUCUUGGGAUGGAUGGGAAAAAGAGAUGCUUUUCCUUUCAAAAGUUGGAGACCCUAGGAAUUCCUUCCUGAUCUAUUUUCCUCUUGCGUACCAUUUCAAUCACAAUUUAGGGGUUAGCGUUUUGUGGACAACAAUCAUCUCGGAGUGGCUGAACCUUAUUUUGAAAUGGUAAGAUUAUGGACACAUUGGUGUUUUGCUCUGUUAAAUCUACAGGUUGUUAAAAAUUUCCAGUAUAUUCAUUAAAAUCUUCCGGCUAAACAUGACUGAAACAUUUUAGCUUUAACUACAUCAAUAACCCAGUAGGCCUUUUGCAUUAGCUGAUCACGUGAUCAAUUUUCGUUAAACGCGAAAACAGUUCGCUUUUGAAAAAUUUUGUUAACACGAGCUGGAAGAGCAUAUGAAAUUUUGGUUACCUGCAAAUUUUCAGUUCGUGCUAACAAAAUUUGUCGAAAGCGAACUGUUUUCGGGUUUACCGAAAGUUGAUCACGUGAUCAACCAAUGAAAAUGACUAAUCUAGCCUUUUAUUGAAAGCUAGGCUCGUGGUUGCUUUGUUUUGAUAGAAACUUCAUUGAAAUUUCUGUCAAAACAAGGUCACCUCAAGCUGUGGUUCCACUCAGGGAAAGAAUGCUCAGUACACAACUGUGAAAUAUCCUGUUACCUGAAUAGUGCAUGUGCCUUGUAUUAUAGGGUAUUAAGAGGAGAUAGGCCAUAUUGGUGGGUGCAUGAGUCUGCUAAGUGGCAAAAUGUGACCAUUCAACAGUAUGAACUGACUUGUGAGACUGGACCAGGUAAAGAUAAAUUAACAAGAACAGAAACUAAUUUGCAUGCAUUCCUGUUGUUUGCAAUCAUUAUCUUCUUGUCUUGUGACUUAAGGUGAACAAGUAAUCUUAUUACAUGACUUGCCAAGCAAGAAAAUCUGCUUGUCUUGGAAGACCGGACUAUUACAACAAUUUAUUCUGAGAAAAGUUUUGCUGUGAGGUCCACACAUCUGUCCUCUUCACAUGUCAGAAGGGACAUCCUCUCAAUAGUUGUUUAUGCAUUCAAAAUAAUGAUCCUCUCUGCAGACCAUCUGAAAAGAACAUGUCAUAAUAGUAAAUAAUAAUAUUUUUGGUUGAUUAGCCUUUGAUUAAGUGAUCUUUUUGCCUGAACAAAAAUGAAUUCAAAUGUACCCUGUGCUAGGUUUAAGAAUUCCAGUUGCUUCUGAAUGUUUGUUAAUCUUCAGCUUUAUGUAACAUAACAGAGAAUGUAAUAUCUAGUCCUAGUUUUGUUUCCCUGCGGGCAUAUAUCAUUAUUUGAUAAUAAUAUUACCAGUAAUUUCCUUUUUUUUUUUCAGGAUCUCCAUCAGGCCAUUCCAUGAUCACAUCUGCUGUUCUCUGUUUGUUAGUUUCCUGGCUAUUAAAUUCACUAAGAGAAAACCUUUUAUGCAACAUGAGUAUUUUAGGCAGAUUGAUUGUUACGCUGUCAUUGUGGGCUGUCUUAAUGAUAGUUCUUAUAUUUGUCUCAGUGUCUAGAGUCUUCAUAGCCACUCACUUUCCUCAUCAAGUCAUAAUGGGCACAGUAAUUGGACUUAUUGUUGCAUUAGUAGUGAAGAAUUAUAAGACAGUUCUUAUAAACAUGUCUGGUUCAGUGAGAUAUUGUGCCCUUUGUUCGUUGACACUAGUUACAACAACCUUGGCAUCUUAUCUCUUUCUCUCAUUUCUUGUCUACGACCCAUCCAUUUCAGUCACUAAAGCUCAGAAAUGGUGCAUAAAGCCAUCUUACAUCCACCUGGAUACAACUCCAUUCUAUGCCAUGGUUCGUGAUUCAGGAGCAACUUUGGGAUUAGGAAUUUCUGUAGGAAUUGUAUCGUCAGCUGUAAGGGGAGGGAAUUGGAGAGGUUUACGUGUAGGUGUUGGUCAAUUAUCGCUUCUUUCAGCAAGCCUUAAAGUCAUGCUAUCAAUUUUGCUAUUACAGCUAUUAGAGGUCAUAUCUUUGCCAAAAUCAAGUGCUUUGCUAUUUUAUAUGGCUGGCUAUGUUCGAUGUGUAUUCAUUCCCAUCAUUGUCAUUCUUAUUGUCCCAAUAAUUGCAGUGUGGCAGUGA